CUGACGUGGCCCGGGCGCGGGGCGGACAUGGCGGACGGCAGCAGGCAGAGCAAGCUGGCGGCGGCCAAGAAGAAGCUGAAGGAAUAUCAGCAGAAGAACAGCCCUGGAGCGACUGCGGGAGCCAAGAAAAAACGAAAAACUAAAGAAGGAAGUAGACCUGAGACUCCCACAAACGAUGACCAACAGUCUCCAGAGAACAUUCAGAACAUUCUGAAGGUGCUGGUGUCAGACCUUAACCGCUCCAAUGGGGUAGCCAUACCCUCAUUGGACAAAAGGAAGGCAUACUUUGACAGUGAUGUUGCCACUCGUAAUGCUGACCAGCUUGCUGCCGAUGUCCCUGUGCUAUCUAACAGCAACAGCCUGCCUACCUGUGCUUCUGUCCUGCCUGCUCCUGGAGGCAUGCAGCUGACACAGAUUCGUGAAGCUGAGGAUCGUAAAAACACUUUGGAUGAGAACAGGUCUCUGUCAUCAACAGAAAGUCUCCGCCAGCUGUCUGAACAACUCAAUGGCCUGGUUUCUCAGUCUACGUCGUAUGUGAAUGGGGAAAGUGGUGUUUCCUCCACUAAUAUUAAGGAAAUGGAAACACGUUACCAGGAGCUGGCAGUAGCCCUAGAUUCCAGCAAUCUAACUAACAAACAGCUCAUUACAAAGAUAGAGGAAUUGAAGCAGCAGAACCAAGAAGCAGUGAAUCAGCUGGAGAAGGAAAAGAAGGAGUUUGAACAGAAAUUUUCUAAAGAGCAAGCAGCCCUGAGAGAACAGCUCCAGGUUCACAUCCAGACGAUUGGAAUCCUAGUUUCUGAGAAAUCUGAGCUGCAGACAGCCCUUGGACAUACUCAGCAAGCUGCGCGGCAGAAAUCAGGAGAAGCUGAAGACCUUGCUGCUCGUUUACAGUCAUCUCGCCAGAGGGUAUCAGAGCUGGAACGCACCUUGUCCUCCAUCUCUAUGCAGCAAAAACAGUCAGAGAAGCACAAUAAAGAGCUGGUGAAGGAACGAGACAACCUGAAACUAGAACUGUACAAACAGAGCAAAGGUAGUGAGGAAAUAAAGCAGCAGAACUCAGAGCUGUCAGAGAAACUCCGCUCCCUGGUUUCUGAGAACUCAGCCAUGAAGUUGGAUGUGGAAGAUUUACAUAAGAAACUGGAAAUGGCUGAACUGAUGAUUCAGCAGUUCUCAAGUCAGUCAGGGAAUGUGGAUGCAAACCAGCAGUUGCAGAUGGCACUGGAUGAGAGGGCGAGCCUGGAAACCCAGAUUGCUCAGCUUUCAGAGUCGCUUCAGCAGCUCCAGGCAGAAAGAGAUCAGUAUGUAGAGAAACUGAAGGAAGAGGGGAGCAUUUGGCAGCAGCGAGUCCAGCAGCUCUCUGAGCAGGUCCGCGCAAUGGCAGAGGAGAAGGAGAAGCAUAUGGCCCAAAUUCAAGAGCUGGAAAGCAGUGUUACAGAGCUGCUGAGCAAAUCAGCAGUGAAACCCAUGGAUGUUGAGCCAUCUUUACCAGCAGGACCUACAGCAGCUGAGCUGAGUCUGCAGGAAGAAAUCCAGCGAAUGCAGCACGAGAAGGAGGAACUGCAUGGGCAAUACCAGGCCCAGGUCCGUGACAACGAGCAGCUGAGCCACCUCAACAGGGAGCAGGAGGAGCGGCUGCUGGAGCUCGAGAAGACGGUGCAGCGCUACAAUGAGGAGUCUGUGGACAGACAGCAGAUCCUGGAGAGCAUGCAGAGUGACAAGGCCACGAUCAGCAGGGCACUGAGCCAAAACCGGGAGCUGAAGGAGCAGCUGGCUGAGCUGCAGAAUGGAUUUGUCAAAUUGACAAAUGAAAACAUGGAGGUUACAAGUGCCCUGCAGUCAGAGCAACACGUAAAGAAGGAGCUGGCUAAGAAGCUUGGGCAGCUGCAGGAGAACCUGGGGGAGCUCAAAGAGACGCUGGAACUGAAAACGCAGGAGGCUCGGGCUCUGCAGGAGCAGCGGGACCAGUACUACGGCCACUUGCAGCAGUACACUGUGGCAUACCAGCAACUGGCUGCUGAGAAGGAGGAGCUGCAAAAGCAGUACUUGCUUCAGACCCAGCUGAUGGACAGGCUGCAGCACGAGGAAGUUCAGGGGAAGGUGACAGUGGAAAUGCACCUGAAGGAACUGCAGCAGACCAAGGAAAGUCUGGAAGCUGUAGCAAAGGAAAACAAAGAGCUGCAGGCCCAGAUCAGUCAGUUAGCAGCAGAGCUGGAUGGCAAGAUGCUGCACAGACUAGAAGGGGAUGGAAUUGAAAGUGAAGUGAUGUCUGAAGAAAUGAAAAACCAUUCGUUUGUGAUCCCAGAGAAGUUUGAAAGCCAUGAAGAAAUGGUGACUUUCUUGACGUCUGCCAUGUCCCAAGUGGAGAAGGAUCGAGAAGAGAUGAGGCAGCAGCUGGCUGCUCAGAGACAGCAGUGCAGAAACCUCCUGCAGCAAAUAGCAGCUCUUCGGCAGGAGCAGCAGCAUAACAUCAUGAGUGAAGAUUCCACUAUGGACAGUGUUCCAGUGGAGGUUCAUGAGGCUUUAAAAACUGCCAUGGAGAAACUACAGUCCCGUUUCACAGAUCUGAUACAGGAGAAAGCUGAUCUGAAGGAACGGCUGGAAGAGUUGGAACAUCGCUGCAUACAGCUGUCUGGGGAAACAGACACCAUUGGGGAGUAUAUAGCACUAUACCAGAGUCAAAGGGCUAUCCUCAAACAGCGGCACCAGGAGAAAGAAGAGUACAUCAGCAGGCUGGCUCAGGAUAAAGAAGAGAUGAAGAUGAAAUUACUGGAACUGCAGGAUUUAGUGAUGCGUCUGGUCAAGGAAAGAAAUGAGUGGUACAGCAAGUAUGUAGAAGCUGCUCAAAACCCAGAGCUGUUAGCAAGCCAGAAUGAAAACGCACUUCCAGUGGAGAGGCGCAUUGAACUGAACGCUACUGAUGGAGAAGGGUUACGAGAAGUGAAUUUAGCAGAUGAAGCGGAGCAAGACGCUGCUGCUCUUCAUCAACCCGGUUUCUACCCUAUUGACACUAAAGCUGCUCAGCCAAGCCAAGAGGACCCUACAGCAAAGCAAAUAAUGCAGCUUCUCAGAGAAAUCCAGAACCCUCAGGAGAGGUCGGGCUCCUUGCUGGAAAACCCCUGCAUUCCGUUCUUCUACCGUGCUGAUGAGAAUGAUGAGGUCAAAAUCAUGGUGGUUUAAGUAGCACCGAUUCUUAUUUACAGAGAUUUUUCUGUGAGCCUGUAAGGACUAAACUGACUUGUAUGUGCCCAUACUGCUGCUCAGCACCCUUGGUCAGAACGGUGAUCUGCUCUAAAAACAGCAGGAAAGAGGGACUGCAUCACAUGGAACUCAGCAUCAUUCCUUCUCUUCCCUCUGUUGCUUGGUGUGCUUGGAGCACAGGCUGAGUGGUGUUGGCUCUCCAGCUGGGCCUGGUGCACGUUGGGGGGAAGGGACUCUGUGACUUCUGGCAAAUUCCUUGAGCCCUUGUCCUGUAUCCCUGACCAGCACACAGCUUCACAGCAGUGACUGAGCAGCAGCCCUCGUCCAUCAGUCACGACUGUAACCUGCCUACUUCCUUCUGAGGCUCCCAAAGCAACUAACUUAACUCUGGUAACAAACUCUUGGGAUGGUUGGUUUUGUUUCACACCAUGCAUCUUAAAACUUCCCACUUUCUUCCUCUCGCAAACCAGCCUUGAACAGCCACAGGGUGCAGGCUUCUGGCUAGCUAGGCAGCACACACAGCUUCCUGCAUUCAGCGCUAGGGGCCGGGGCUGAGGGCUGCCUUUGGAGUCUUUCUGGUUACUUGACAAAGCUUUAUGUGAGUAGUGGAGGUGGAAAUGUAACUGCACUUUGAAGGAUGAUGUGUUUCACUUGUGUGUGUCUGAAGGUUUUAUUUAUUUAAAAAAAAAAAAAAAUGGGAGAAAUAAGUAAAAGGAAACCACUUAAUAAACAUGCUUUGUUUUGAAUUCCUGGACUCCAGGUUAUCUAUUGCUUAAAUGUCAUCUCCCAUUUUGGUAAGAAAUGUAUUAAAUGGGUGGAAUCCAGCAUCCUUUCUCCCCGCUUACGUUGCUGGCACACAUCAGUACCAAACAAAGCCUUGAAGCUGAGCUCUUGGAGUAGCAGCAGUGCAGCUCCCUUAGGUGUACAGACUUCAGGUGAAGUGCACAGAUACCUACACCUAAAGGCUCAGGCACAACCUGCCUCUAUGAAAUAUGGUUACAGCCUCAGCACCAGAGCUCUGGGGAGAACUGCAGCGGCCCUGACUGCAGCAGCCAUGCAAUCCCACAGCACAGCCCUGGGCUCGUGGUGGGGGAAGCUGAGCUGCCAAGCAGAGAGGUGCAACCACACGAAUGCAGCAUCAAUUCUUGUAUUUGUCAACCACAACAAAGGAAAAAAAGAAGCCAAACCUAAAAAAAACAACCAUUCUUUCUCAGUGUCCAGGUGGCUGAGCUUUAGCAAUAUGGUAGGAGGAUUUUCUCUUUUAAUGCCAAAAGUAGAUCACGGCUUUUUUAAAUGGUUCAUUUUGUCCUUUUCCCCCCCCACCCCCCAUGAAAAGAAAAGUGUGUAUGGAACAAUUCGUGCUUUCCUGUGAACCCACCAGAGGAAUGUGGAAAUUGGUUUCUUUUUGAACUCUUCAUCUGAAUGUCUCCAGUGCUGUCUGUGAAUGGCACAACGUGAGCUGUGUACAUACUGUAUCUGUGUAAAAUGCUGUAUAUUGCUGGAGGGAAGGCUGGCCUGCAGGCUGGAGCUGCUCAUAAUCUGUAUCAUAACUAAAAAGGCAGGGGCGUGACUUAAACAGAUUAUUAUAAAUGGAAUAAAUAUUUAUUGGGUGUUCUACUCUGAAGGAGACCAUUGAAGCAGCUCUGCAGGCUGGUGCAGAGGUGACUUAGUGCUGUUACAAAUAUGCUUCCUGAAUAAACUCAUUCAGAUGGGU